UCCAAUGGAUGAUAUUAAAAAAGGGAAAUCUCAAAUCUGUCCGAACCGCAGUUAUUUUAAACCCAGACAUCCCGUGUCUGGAAGCCCGUUUUUUUUCUUUAUCACCAUAUUUUUUUUUUCCCUUUCUCUCGAAACCAGCGACGCUCGACGGGUUAACCGAAUUACGUCUAUUCCGUGAUAUUUGUUGGACAUGUUUAGAACAUUUGCUUCUCGCGUUGUAAAUUCUCGCCUCGCUGCCGCUACCGCUACCAAGCGAACGGUACCUGUUCUUCGUUCCUACAGUACCCAAAAGCCCAAGCAAGGUGGCGCACCCAGUGUUCCCGCCAUGUUGGCUGUGGCCUCCAUGGGUUUCGGUGCUUACUAUAUGAUUGUCAAAUCCAGAGAAGGCCAGCCCCAUCCCGGUCGACAGAAGAAAGAAUCCGUUCAGAAAAAGGAAGAAACGCCCAAGGAGGAAGCUAAGCAAGAAAAGGCCAGUCAAAUGGAAGAGACUAUGAAGCAGGAAGCUGCCAAACAGUUGGAGACGGACAUUCCUGCAUUCAAACCUGAUGAAGUGACCGUCGUGUUCGUUUUAGGUGGUCCUGGAGCUGGCAAGGGCACUCAAUGUGAAAAUUUGAAGAAGGAUUAUGGUUUUGUCCAUUUGUCAGCGGGUGAUUUGUUACGCGCAGAGCAGAAGCGUCCCGGAUCCAAGUAUGGUGAAUUGAUCAAUUACUACAUCAAGGAAGGCUUGAUUGUGCCUAUGGAAGUCACCAUUGCUUUAUUGGAGCAAGCCAUGAAGGAAGAAUACAAGAACAAUAAUACCCGCUUCCUUGUGGAUGGCUUCCCUCGCAAGAUGGAUCAGGCAAUCAAGUUUGAAGAAGUGGUUGUGCCUUCAAAAAUGGUGCUGUACUUUGAAUGUCCCGAGGAAGUGAUGUUGAAACGUUUGUUGAAGCGCGGUGAAAGCUCUGGCAGAGCGGACGACAAUAUCGAAUCUAUCAAGAAACGUUUCCGAGUAUUCAAGGAUACCAGUUUCCCCGUGAUCGAAGCCUAUGAAAAACAAAACAAGGUCACCACGGUGAGCUGCGAUAUGCCUGUUGACCAAGUGUAUCAAGAGGUGAAAGUUGCAUUUGACAAGAUGUUUGCCAAGCAGCAAUAGACAAUAGACGGCCCCCCACCGGGGAGAAAAUCAGUUAAAUUAAAUAACAACACGUCAAGCAUCAUUAUUUUUUUCGUCUUGAUAUUCAAAAAUGAUGGCCGCCACUACUUUUUUG